GCUCUUUUCGGGGAAGCUCCCGCAUGAAAGCUGGGGCAUGGCUUCCGUGGCGCUGCCCCAUGGCACUGCGAGGCUCGCCUGGAGUUCGGCGCCGAGCCUGGCCCUGGCCCAAAGCGAGGGAAGGACCUCAGCCUCGGCUCGUCGAUCCUCCCGAGGGCGCCCGGGCAGCGCCAUCGUUUGCGCGUUGCCGCUGGCGCUCGGAUUCCGCGCAGGGACGCGGCCUGUGAGUGGCAGGCGGCGCAGCCAUCGCCGAGCACAAGGCUCCGAUGACUAUGACGUCAUCGUCAUAGGAGCUGGGCUUGGGGGCCUGGCGGCCGCCGCGAGCCUUGGGAAGGCCGGGCGCAAAGUCCUAGUGGUGGAGGCCCACUCAGUUUGUGGCGGCUGCGCACACUCCUUUACCCGCAAAGCGCCCGGGGGAGGUCAAUAUGUCUUCGAUUCGGGGCCAUCCAUCCUCACGGACAUGGGGAAGCGGAAUCCCCUGCGGCUGGUGCUGGACUAUGUCGGAGCCAGCGAUUACUUGGAGUGGAUCCACUACGAGGGCUGGGGCAUGCUGACGCCGGAGGGCCCUUGGCGCCUGGAGCUGGGCAAGCCGAGCUUCCGGGACCAGGUGCUGCCCAGGUAUGGCGUGCCACCAGAGGAAUUUGAUGAGGUGGUGAAGGCCUCUGCCCCGCUGGCGCAGGUGGGUCAGGACAUUCCGGGCCUUGUGUUGCGAGAUGAUGCGUGGCAGCUGCUGCCAUUGCUGCUGAAGUUCCCCGGCGGGGUGCUGCCGGCGCUGCGGGACGCGCCGAAGCUCUCAGAGCCCUUCUCGGUGGUCCUGGACCAGCUGGAGGCGGAAGGCAAGCUGCAGCAGGGCAGCUGGCUGCGCUCUUGGCUGGACGCCCUCGCGUUCUCCUUGUCCGGGCUGGACUGCACUGGUACCACUGCUGCGGCGAUGGCUUUCACCAUGGAUGAGCUCCAUCGACCAGACACGCGGGGCUUGGCGUACCCCAAGGGGGGGCUGGGCGCGGUGGUGGACGCCCUGCAGCAAGCCGUGGAGCGCGAGGGCGGGGAGAUCCGCACCGGCGUCCGGGUGCAAGAGGUGUUGGUGGAGGAUGGAUGCGCUGUGGGCGUGCGGUGCUCGGGAGCCCUCAAGGGCGAGCUGCGAGCGGGCGAGGCCGUGGUUUGCAACGCCCCCAUCUGGGAUGCUGCAAAGCUGCUGCCGGACUCCCCAGAGUUGGACGAGAUGAAGCGGGAUUGGGAGGAGACUCCAAUGACUCGCUCCUACCUGCACCUUCACCUGGGCUUGGACGCGAGUGGCCUGGACCUAUCGAAGCUGGAGCCGCACUACACCUCCAUGGCCUCAUGGCAGGACGUCACCGCCGAGCAGAACAUGGUGGCCAUUUCCAACCCGGCGCUGCUGGACCCCUCGCUGUGCCCGGCGGGGAAGCUGGUGCUGCACCUUUACGGGGCUGGCAACGAGCCCUUCGACAUUUGGGCGGCUGCCCAGGCCGAGGGCCGAGAAGCCUAUGAGGCCCUGAAGCAAGAGCGCGCGGAGCGGCUCUGGCAGGCGCUGGAGGAGAUCAUCCCGGAUGCGCGCGCCCGGGCGGAGGUUCAGCUCGUCGGCAGCCCGCUGACGCACCGGCGCUUCCUGCGUCGCACCGCGGGCACCUACGGCCCAGCGCCGGUUUUCGGGCGCUUCGGGCCCGGCAAGGUCCCCUUUCGGACGGCGGGGGAUGCCUUGCCGGGCGAUCUCCGGGAGGGCGGCGUGGACCGGCUGCUGCUGUGCGGGGACUCCACCUUCCCAGGCAUCGGCGUGCCUGCGGCGGUGGUGUCGGGCUUGUCUGCCGCGCAUACGACCAUGAGCGUUUGGGAGCACCUCGAGCUGCUGGGCCGUGCGGGGUACUAGGUGAUGCUUCAGCUUUCUGCCGCAAAAAGUGUGCAGAAGCGGUCAUGAGCUCUCCCGCGCCCAGCAGCAAGCUGGAGAUUUCUUACCAGCCCGUUUAGCCUUUUGCGCCGGGGUCUGCGACAGACCAGCCCAAAGUUUAUGGCCGAUCUGAUUUGAGGAGCCGUCACAUGUCAAGGAGCGUGUUGCAAAGGUUGAUGUACAA